GACAGGUGAUCGAGCCGCUCUGUCCCUCUUGUCUGUCUGUCCGUCUUCUCAGACUGCCGGCGGUGGAUGUUCCUGGGCAGACUCCUCUUUCUUUCUUUCUUUCUUUCUUUCUUCUUCUGCUUCUUCUCCUUCUUCUUCUUCCCACCGCGGUGAGGCUGGACGGAUAAACUCACCAUGGCGCUGGAACCGGAGGGGAACAAGCUGCUCCUGCAAGACGUGCUGGCGAGACCGGGCAACGAAACGUGUGCGGACUGCGGCAAUCCAGAGCCGGAUUGGGCGUCGCUGACCUUGGGUGUGUUUGUUUGCCAGGCCUGCUCGCUCCUUCACCGGAGCAUCCCCCACAUCAGCCGGGUCAAGUCUGUCCAGGACACAUGGGAUGCCAGCGAGGUGGAGUUAGUGGCCGCGAUGGGAAACAGUGCUGCCAAGGCCAAGUACGAGCAGAAGGUUCCUGCUUUCUACUACAGACCAACACACACUGACUGCAAGCUGCUGAGAGAGCAGUGGAUCAGAGCCAAGUACGAGAGGAACGAGUUUGAAUUUAUCGAGAAGCAGGAGCCUUACUCUGCAGGGUACCGAGAGGGGUUUCUAUGGAAACGAGGACGAGACAACGGUCAGUUUCUCAGCCGAAAGUUCGUCCUCUCGGAGAGGGAGGGAGCGCUGAAAUACUUCAACAAGCAGGAUGCCAGGGAUCCCAAGGCAGUGAUGAAAAUUGAAACCCUCAAUGCCACCUUCCAGCCCGCUAAGAUCGGCAAUCCCUGCGGCCUGCAGAUCACCUACCUAAAAGACAACAGCACAAGGAACAUCUUUGUCUACCACAGUGAUGCUAAGGAAAUGGUCGACUGGUUCAACGCUAUCAGGGCGGCCAGGUUCCACUACCUGCAGGUCGCUUUCCCUGGAGCAAGUGAUGAAGAGCUGGUGCCUAAACUGACCCGAAACUUCAUGAAGGAAGGUUUCAUGGAGAAAACCGGCCCAAAGCACACAGAGGGCUUCAAGAAGAGGUGGUUUACUAUGGAUGACAGGCGGCUCAUGUAUUUUAAAGACCCUCUGGAUGCCUACGCCCGAGGCGAGGUGUUCAUCGGCAGUAAAGAGAACAGCUACACCGUCCUGUCCGGGUUGCCUCCGUCCACGCAGGGCUACCACUGGAACCACGGCAUCACCAUCGUCACGCCGGACAGGAAGUUCCUCUUUGCCUGUGAGACCGAAGCCGAGCAACGGGAUUGGAUAGCUGCUUUCCAGAGGGUCAUCAAUCGACCAAUGAGGCCGCAGGAGUAUGCAGUGGAGGCCCAUUUCAAACACAAGCCUUGAUGCCUGCACGAAGCCAAAACUCAACUGGACCGGCCCAGUCUCAUUCAGAUCAGAGACGGCCCCGGCAGGGGGGACCACGGACCAUGGGGUUGGGGGUCAGGAGGGGGUUUUGGGAUGGGCUCAAGAUGAGAAAAGAUGAAGAAGAGAGAACGUCAGAGAGACUCCAGUCUAUCUAUGUGUAGAAAACUUAAACCUCUAACGGGACUCAAGGCUCCUCGUGGGGCGAUCCGAGGCCAAAGGGUAGAUGAUGUCAUCACUAUUGCCUACCAACCUUGUGCUGUACAUUAUAACGCCAAACACCCCUCCCCCUCCUUAGCCUUUUCCCCGCCCCGCGACCAGCUCCCCUCUCCCCGUUAUUUUGUCUUGUGAACGGUUCAUUCUGCCUGUAAUCUAAUGUAAUUAUGUAAUCUAGAGUCAUUUCACUGGUUGCUUAACAAAGACAAUGCAUUGUUAAUUUAUUGAAUGUACAGUUUUGAUGACAGUGGCUUACUGUGUGUGUGCGUGUGCGUGCGUGUGUGUGGAAAUUGUGACGUUUUGAUUGAGGACGCUGUGAGGUUGAACCUCUCGCACUGAAACCCUGAUAAACCUGAAACUACAAAGUGCUGUUAACAACAAAUAUGCAUACAAAAACUCACACACAAACUCUCAGUGAACGCCAUCACGUAGCUGGAGGUGGCAGAUCUACACCCAGGCAGGGUUCUUUUAAAACCUCAAUCUUACAGCUGUUCUCGUAUUUAUUUUUACUGUUGAACAUACUGAGUCAUCGUAGACAGUUAUUGCUGCUUUCAAGGAUUGUAAUGUGACAGGAUUGUAAUUUAUAUAACACUUCUACUACUGUUUGGUUUCCCUUUUUGCAUCAUGUUUUAAAGACACAUUGUUGUGUUGAUCCUUCAAUCACAGUGAUAGUUUGUUUCAUUAUGAAAGUCUUAACAUCAAUACAGAUGAACAUGAGAUCAAG